CGUCGCCGUCGAAACUGCAUUGGACUCGGCAGUCAGUCGGUCACGGACGGCAGUAGCAGUACGACUGUCUCGAGUGCGCACACGGUGCGUCGUUGUCCGCCGACGGCCUAUUCUGAGUGCAGUUCAAAAGCGUUGGUGCGGUUGAUUAUUUUUUUCUAUGCGUUUUACGUUUUUAUAAGCCGGACGUUUUGUUUUCCGAUCGCUAUCACCCCCCCCCCCCCCCNCCCCCCCCCCCCCCCGAAUCGAGUGGGUGUUUAAAAUUUUUGUUUGUUUUUCAAUCGGUGCCGAGACUAUAAAUUAUACAAACCGUCCCCCUCGCUCGUGGACUGUGUAAUUUCAAUUUGAUUAUUUUAGUGGCGUCGUUAACGGCGAGCGGUGCGCUCAGUUGCGAAGAAGAACAAGAUAUAUUAUAUAUAUACACAUACAUUUGAAACGUUUCACUCGCCCCUCGUCGGUCGGAAUUAAAUAUAAAAACGACGAGCCAUAAAUCGUAGGGCUCUUAAUCGCGCGCGCUAUUUGCCGACGAGGGUUUCUUCCGCGUUCGCACGUCAACCUCCCGCCGGAUUGCACAUAACAUAUUAGACCACGAUUAAUAUACGCGGUGGCAACCCCCCCGCCGAUUGAUAAGCGUCCACGGCACCGCGAACGUCGAGUGUACAAUGAGUGAUAUCGUCGGCACCCCGUCGGAAGAAAGCGUACGAUCCUCCGGUGUCCGAGUCGACGGUAUCGUUGUUGUUGCCAUCGUCGCACGUGUUGACGGACAACGGCAUUCGCGCGUCUUCGACCCUACCGCGCCGCAAUAGUAGCAAAAUCGUCAUGUUGGAAGAUUCGGGAGGAGGCGCCCCGGACGGCAGAACCGCCGCCGGACCUAGGAGACCGCGAGCGGUUUCGACCGACGACAAAACGGCGGCAACAGCUUUGCUGGCAAUGGCCUGGGCCGUGUUGCUCGUGACCGGAGUCGCCGAAGCCGUACUGUCCACGGCCACGUUUAAAGGCGAACAACAGAGUGACAUCGGUGUCCAAAUCGGCCAGUCCGCCAUGUUGCCGUGCGAAUUGGACGACCGCGGACGACACCAAUGCGGUUCCGUGCAUUCGGUCAAAUGGUACCGCGGCGCCAGUCGCAUUUUCCUAUACAGUAGCGCGGUACCGGUGACUCAGCCCAGAAAAGGAUACCAAGACAGGACCUCUUGGAGUUACACGCCAAACGACACGGUCGCGUACUUGGUUUUGGAAAACAUCACCGCCCAGGACGAGUCCAUUUACAAGUGCGAGAUCACGUACACGGCGGUACACGAAGGUUGCAACAUCGUGCAGUUCAUCAAUCUGACGACACACAUCGAUCCGGACUAUAUUGGCGUUGGCGUUUUGCCGGCCGACGACGGAAACAACAACAACGAAGUCGGCGGUGCGUCGGACGCCGGCGACUCGGAGUACGACGAAACCCAAAAGAGGACCGUAAAAAUGAACUCCGGCAGUGUGGUCGGACCCCUCGACGAAGACGGCAACGUUCGACUGUACUGUGAGUCGGGUCGGGCAAAACCCGUGCCCCAAGUUACUUGGUGGUGGAACGGAUCUCAAUUGUCUUCCGGCACAGACUAUCGGUUCAAGAGACUACCGGGAGGAUUGUCGGUGGCGCGCAACGUGUUGACGUUGAGUCCGCUGAAAAGAGGUUCGGGCGGUCGAUACGAAUGCCGUGUAAAAACGGCUGCCAACGCUUCUCCCGUGCUCACGUCCUUCUUGGAGCUUACCGUCAACGUUCGCCCGUUGUCCGUACAAAUCAUAUCCAAUGCCGGCGAUGACGACGACGACGACGACGACGAUAGCCACACCGUCGCCGCCACAGUGAGCGGGACCAGCGAUCCGUCCGAUUCAGAACCGGCGGCUGCUUCUGCCGUCGAAGGACGAGGACUGGUGCUCAAGUGCGUGGCUAGGGGCGCUCGACCUCAAGCAAACGUCACCUGGUACUAUUACCAAAAGGACGAUGCCGGCGAGAGCGGCGGCGGCGGCGACAACGACGAAGACGACGCGAAGAAAAACGCGGUCGACAGAGACGAUAGCAGCAGCAAAUCUAAUCAUCAACACAAACAGCCGGUGGUUUUGUCUUCCGGUCGACCCGGCGAACUGACCACGACGGGAUCGACGACCACUCCUCCGGCUCCAGCCAUCGGCAGCGUAGAGAUCGCUCAACACACCGAGUAUCAGGCCGACGGCACCAGAGAUACGCACAGCCAACUGGAAAUGUCGUCGCUGAACAGGCGUCAAGACGGUUCUAUACUGAGGUGCGACGCGUACAAUUCGGUGGGACAAAACAAAGAGGGCUCUACCACGCGGCCGCUUUCGGUCAAUAUGACCAUACGAGUGAAAUACGCCCCGACGGUUUGGCUGGCCAGGCCGAAAAUCAUAGUGAUCAACGAGUCGCAGAGCGUAAACGUGCAGUGCGAAUAUUCUGCGAAUCCCAUGAAUCCCGCACUGGUCAAAUGGUACCGAAACGGCGUGGAAAUCGCCGUGGAAGACUACGGCGGAGGAAACCGAAAGGCCGCCGGGUCUUCGGCAAACAAUAUCUUACUGAGUAGUACCAGCACCAAGUACUUCAGAGUAAACGAAACGGGACUGCGCAUCGAUCGAGCACAUAGGAGCGCAUCGGGAGAGUACUCGUGUUCGGUUCGUAAUGCCGUGGGACAGACCAAUUCCACAGACGUCGUCAAGUUGUUGGUACAAUACACGCCGCGCGUCAGACUCGAACUGGUCAUCGACGGCGAAGGAAACGACGACGAAAAGUCGUCGGUGCCUUCACACCGGCCGGCCGUCCUCGAAUCGGAACAGCUCAACGUUACCUUGAGGUGCGCCGUCGUUUCGGAAGACGGCGGCGCCGAAGCGGACAGUGACGGUAUGAAAUCGGACGGCACGUACGACCCGUCGUUAAACCUGACGGUCGUUCACUGGUAUUGGAACGGCGUCCAAAUGCAACUGCCCAACUGCAGCCGACCGGACGGUUACGACGACGACUUCGAGGACGAAGACGAGAACAACGGCGCGACCAACAACUAUUUCUACAGCCCCGGCAUUGUGGGACCGGGCGACUUUGACGAGGAGACCAUGUUGAUCAUGCGCAACCAGCACGCCGACGAAAACGGCACGUCCAAAAGGAGAACGAUGCGAGUGGUUUGCAGCGACAGGGAGCUGGUACUGAUGAACGUGUCCAAGAACAUGCACGGCAAUUACUCGUGUCGCGCCCGCAACGCCGCCGGCCUGUUGACUCCUAUGUCCGAACAAACGCCUCUGGUCGUCUACUUCGCACCGGGACCCGUGACGUUGGAAUUCAGUCCUCGGCGCGUGAUCAAAGGACGCAACGUGACGCUUAGAUGUAACGCUCAGUACUUGGGAAGACCUCAACACCCGACCAAUUAUUCUUGGUACCGGGACGGUCAUCAGGUCAUCAUGAACAAUCACAAUCACAAUCAAAACAACAGCGCCGAGUGGUUCGUGGAACACGUGUCCCUGGAGACCAGAGCCAACUUUACGUGUUCCGCUUUCAAUGCGGGAGGCGUUACCAAGUCCGAGCCCGUCUAUAUAGAAGUACUGGCACCUCCGAAUUACAUUAGUCGAGCUCCGCAGUACAAAGGCGUAGCGUACAACGACACUCACGUGAACGCUUCGUGCACCGUAGAGUGUUACCCGUUGUGUUCGGUCGAAUGGUUGCGGCAGAACGUGCCCAUCGACCCGAUAAACAACCCUCAAGACAAACAAAGAUACUCGAUAGUCACGGAAUACUUGCCGGCGGAACGGUUGAAAAACGAUUUCGAAGCAGUUCGUUCUACGCUGGUGUGGCGUCUGGAGAAUUGGACCAACGGCAUGGGCCGGCCGGGUUUGGAUCCGGCCACCGACUCGACCACGUACAGCUGCCGUAGUUCGUCGAACAACGUGGGCGUGGGAGUGCCCGAAUCGACAAUGCACUUUUCCGUUGAAUAUCCGCCGACAAACAUGUCGGUGUCAAAAACCGUGGUGCACGUCAACGAAGGGAAUAUACCGGAAAAAGUGUUUUGUAACGCCGACGCUCAUCCGGGCCCUACUUUCGAGUGGUACCGUCAAAAUUCGGAAUCGUCGUCGUCGUCGUCGUCAGCGGCGGCCCUCGCGACCAAUUCGUCUCAACAGCCGUCCGGCCAACUUCAAACGGCAACGCAGCAACAGCCUUUUUCGCAGAUGGAACGCAAGAGCACCGCCAACUGGCUGAUGUUCAACACGGCCGUGUUUCCCAAACACGCCGGAAACUACAUUUGCGUCGCGCACAACGCCCACGGCGACGGCGUCAUCCAAACCUACUUGGACGUUAUGUAUAAACCCUCUUGCACGUUGAACCUGAUGAAAGUGUCCGAUCCCGAAGCGACGCCGAUCGUCAACAGUCUGUUGAAGGACAACCCGUCGCGACCGGACGACGGCGGAGCGGCGGCCUACGACCUGGACGAUCCCGAACGCCGGAUUCUGGUGUGCACGGUGAAGGCCAAUCCCGGGCAGGUGCAGUUCACCUGGACAACGGUGAGACGCGAAAACCAGAACGACACCGAUUCGCCAGCGGCCGUAUCGUAUCCCGUCACCGAAGAGACCGUGGUGACGUGGGGCGAGUCGGUCGUGCCGACGGACGUCGAAGGAUUCACCGCGUACUCUCCCAACCGGAGCGUGUUGAUCCUCAAAGAAAGCGUCGCCAUGUCCGAAGAAAACGGCAUCGACGGGGUACGCACCUACGUCUGCACGAUCAGCAACGCCGUGGGAACGGAACAGUGUACCGUGAAAGUUCAAGGCGAUACGCCGUGGUGGAAACAACUGUUGGUCGCGGUCGGCUUGGGCGGCCUGGGCAUCCAAAGCGGAUGGAUCGUUGUUGUCGUGUUGGUCAUAUUAGCGGUAAUUAUCAUCGCGGUCUUGUCAUUGCUGAUAUUCUUACUGUGCAGGAAAUUUAUGCAGCCGGACGGUACCCAAAAAUACGUUAAACAAAAAUUCACGACGUCCUUUUCAUCGUCGCAAAUUUCAGCUUGGCGAAGUCGCAGCUUGUUGUUUUUCAACGACCAUCGAUCGUCUUUAACCGCCAACAAAAAAUAUCAAGGCAGACAAACUCCCGAGGGAAGCGCCUCCACGACAAACGGCUCGGCCGGGCCCAACGGUUUUGACAACGGUGGGGGCGGCGGCAGCGGGGAAGACCAAAAAUCGCCCACAGAUCGGAUGUCCGUGCCUGUAGCAAGCGAGUCGCCCGCGUCCGCCGUGGGCAAGUGGCCGCUCAAGCCGGGCGUUUUGGUGCACGUCAAACAGCAGAGACGUCAAUGCGAAGGGUCGUUUACCAGUACGACCGAAAAUUCUCCGUCAAAGGUUGCCGGCGGCGGCCACCGAAACACGGACGCGCGGCAAGAGAAGACGAGUAACGAUCCGGCGGCAAUAGUGGUGCUGCUCGACGAGCCCGCGCCCAACGAAUCGCAGUCGGCCAGAACCGAUCGCAUACGGCGGAUGAACAUGACCAACGCAAACGGUAAAUCGUCGUCGAGCGUUUCGAACCUGACCAAAAGACGCUCCGCUGUGCCCGCCCUACCGCCACCGCCACCUCCUCGAUUUUCAAUUCAACCUCCGGUCAUCGAUGGAAACGAGAGCCCGCCGUCGAUUAAGCCCAAAUCCAUUCAAAAAGACUGGAGAGGCAAUCGUCAUAACUUGGGAACGGGAAGAUCGGGCCAACCCCUAGACGGAGGAUCGAACGGCGGUAUCGAUUCAAAAGCUUUCUACGAAAAUCUACCAUUCCACGGAAUGCGACCGCCACCUAAUCAGUUGUUGUCUAACAAUGACGACGACAAUAACAUUAGCCUAACUCGGUUAGCGACCGUCGCCGCCGACCAGCCGAAAACCGUAUCGCCUCUGGUGGUCUCGCCAGAAUUGAUUCACCGGCCAAAGGCCAACGGGUACGUGUCCCUGCUGCGCCAGGCCGUAAACGCGCUGGAGGACAAAGGGGGAGCCGACAUAACGAGAUUCAGUUCGUUGCAGAGGCCCGUCAGAAAUAAAACCAACGCGAAUCGUCAGUUCAGAUCGCUUAGGAUCAAACCGAACGCCGUCGUUGAAAAAGAUUCCAACAACAACGGCGACGGCGGUGGCGGCGGCGGCGGCGAGCAGGAAAAGCAAAACCGCAACGUCAAGGGGGGACGUCCUCUAUCGGGGCCCGUACCGGCCCCCAGAGGUCGUAAGCGAUUGGAUUUGAACGACGAAACAGAAACCUAUCAGAAUUUACUACGAUUCAACAAGUUGCCCGCUCGGAACAUCGAUCAGUUCAGCUAUCAGCUACAGCAGCUUCAACUGCAGUACCAGCACGACCGACAACAACCCCCGCAACUCUGCCGGAACGACAGGGCCAACGAGACGACGAACCAGUACGCGACGCCCGUAGCACCGACCGCCCAACAGUACAACAGUACAACGAUAUCCAGAACCGCCUUGCAGCCGAAUCACCACCACCAAUCGAUGGAAAUGACCCAGAUGGCCGACCGACGGUCCGAACAACUCCGGGAACCGCAGCGGUGGCCGGCGUACGGCCAGAGGCGACCGCAGCAACGAGAGGACGACGGCGGAGCCACCCUCGACAGCUAUUAUCAUCGCGGCAGCGUCCAACAGCCGAAUGCCGGCGGCGGCGGCAGUAUGGACGGAUCGCUACAAAAAGACCCGUCGACCGGCAACAGCACGAAACGGAGACGUCAAGGGCACGCCGGUGGAAUGUACGGCCGGACCAACACGAUCGGCGGCGGUGAUACGGCGGCGCCGGACACCGAAUCGCAGAGACGUCGCCGCAACGUUUGGGCCGAUUCGGCGGGCGCGGAACACACGAGUUUCACCAACAGUCACUACUACGGCAGGAGACGUACGAACGCGAUCAACGACAACGGCGGCAACUACAACACUUUGGGCGGUAGAACGGUCAGCGUAAACGGUUACGACACGGGCGGCAGACAAAAGCGGUCGCAGCCCAAGCGCACGUUGUCCUCUUCGUAUUACUGUCCCGGCGGAUCGUCCACUUGGAAGGCCGGUACAGCCGGCGGCGACCGCCAAGACGACGACGACGACGGCCGUCCGGGCACUAGACCGGACGCCCCCGAAGUCGCAGUGGUCGGCUGCGGCGGCGUUACUUCUGCCGACGGUACCGCAAACCGUGAGGAUACCCCGGCGGGCACCGUCAAGUUUCAUCGAGAUGUCGGACGAGAAAUCGACGUGUAGACUCCGCGCCGUGUUCUAACCACCACUCGUGUGUGUUUGUGUGUGUGUACCGACAAGUGCGCCUCCUAACAAUUCCGUACAAACCUGGAAACUGUUCGGCCGAAGCCAACGAUUUGGAAUACGCCGACGUGGAUUACCGUUCGUACGGACCGAUCAACUACAAAGCGGCUUCGUCCUAAAUUAUGACAACAGAAAUUACACGUGCUUAAUCCUCUUAUUGUCAUUGUUGUUGUUGCUGUUGUUAAUGUGAACGCCUUCCUAAACUAAAAUACCAUUUAUUUAAAAUUGUAAAUUAUAAUAAAUAUUUUUUAUGUAACAUAUGAAAUUAUCGGUAUUCAUCAGUAAGGUUCUUUUUUCAUCGGUUUUAUAUUUUCCCGUAUCGAUUUAAACUCUCUACCUCCGGACCCCAUUGUCGUCUCUAACCACCGCACGUUAAUUAAAAUAUAUAUAUUAAGGGAUUGACAACGUGCGAUUUACAUUUAUUGUUAUUUAUUCGUAAAAAGUCGGAACUCGUCGAAUUAAAUAUAUAUAUACAAUAUCGAUAAAGAAAUUUCGAUUUAUUGUAAUUUUUACACUACACGAGAUUAAUUCUCGCGUAAUAGUAAUUAUUAUUUAGGCUCUUGCACGUGUACAGCCGAAUUUAACGUUUUAACGAACUUUUAACGUUUAAGUUUUUGUUUUGUUUUGUUUUUUAAUUAAUCGCCACCUUAAUAAUAACCAUAAUCCUGACUAUUUUUUAAAACAUAAAAACCUUUAAACACACAGUUAUACGGCAACGGUUUUAUUUAUAAUUAAUGUAAACACGUAUUCGUUUACACGAACAAACUGGACGCCGCCUUACCCGCAAGUUCAAAAUAAAGCCUACGAGCCGCCGCCGCCGUCUUCAAUUUAAAUAAUCUCUCUGAUCGCCCCACGACCUUUUACUACGUAUGAUGUUGUUUUUGUAAAACCAUUAACUAUUACUACUUUAUAUUUGUGAAUUUUAUUGUUAUUCUUGCUCGUUGUGAUUAACACAGGGUAUUUGUAUGUAUAUAUAUAUAUACCUAUAUGUAUAUGUAUAAAUAUAUAUGAAUAAUUAUAAUUUGUAAAUGCGAUUACAAUUCGUUUUUUCUGACCACUCUGCGCCUAUGCAUUUGAAUUCUAUUUGAGAUUACAUUAUUUUGUAAAUAAAUUAUAGAAAACACCUUAUGAAUUCCUGUUGAUUAGCUUUUAUUACGUUUUAAAGCUAUUUUUAGCAAUGAAAUGAUCGAUAAAAUAGUCGUUAGCCGAGAUUAUUAUAAAAGUUAAUUUAUACGUAUACAUAUAUACAUAUAAAUAUUAUAGUAAUUAUAUAAUUUUUGUUUUAUUGUUGUGUAUGUACGACACUGUGAACACACAAUAGACGUUGUUGUUUAAUAUUUUAGAUGGUGAUAAGUCGCUGUGUAUUUGUUGACAAUCAUCGACCUAUAAAUGUAUCGUGUACGUGUAUGUAAAACGCAUUAAUAUCUUGUAAAUCAAACAAACCGUAUGUACUGUAACAUUUAUUAUAAUAACCGUGAAAAUGUGGCGACAAAUUGCUUCGAUCUCUUGUUUGUGUAAGUUCGACGCCAUCGAAUUUUUAAUACACUCGAUUUUUUGUUUGUGUUGAAUAAAUUAAAAUAACUCCUUAUGAUGACGACCUACACUAAUAUUUAAAAAAAAAUAAGUAUUAAAAUGUACUUUUUUUUACUGAUAUACUUUUGACAUUAAAACGGUACUAACAUUAAUCAUUUAUUUAGUAGACGUAAGCAUUAUUAUUAUUUAUACGAUUUGUGUACAUAUUACCAGUUUUGAUUGCUAAUUUAUAACUGUAAGGGAGACUUUCCCGUCGUAACGAAUGUCGCCGCGUUUCAACGCGUUUGUUUUAGUAAUAAUAAAUCUAGUCAUUUUUUUAUAACA